CAACUACGUGGUACAGCGUGGUAUAACGUGGUAUAACGUGGUAUCUACUACCAACACCAGCGAGCUGCUUCAUGAUUGGCUGACCACCGCAGAACGCGCUGUGCUUUGCGCGCGCCGCUAUUGAGAGGGGAAGGCAUGCAUGGAGGACUGGCUACACGGGCGUAUAAAAUAUCCCAGUCACACGUCUUCUCUCACUCAUGCCUUGCAGGCAGCGCGCCUCCCGCUCAAAGGACUGCAAGGUACGAGAGAGCACACGAGACUUUGUCAGAGAAGACUUCCUACAACCGCUUCGUCACCCCAUCCCCUUCCCUAGAGUGUUGUCGGGGAGGAGGUUGUUAUCGUCGUUAGCAGCCGCCAGUGCCAGGAGUUUGGAUGGCAGUCGCUCUGGGAGCACAAGACUGACCCCUCGCUCAGCGGCUGACCUUUCUUGCCUUCCACGCUUGUUGCUUGCCUCCAACAUCGUUCUUACAAACGGAGGUUUGCUAGGCUGACGCCUCGCGACUGGCAUUGUCUGUAGUCGGAGAUGUUUUGUUAAGGGCUUAAAAGUCUCAGUCCCUCCCCCCCUCCACUAUCCCCCGGCUCCUGCAAGAGUGCAGGCUGUUACCUGGCGAAAAACGGUAGAAGAGACAUUUCUCAAGAAUUACAGGUAACGUGCCUCAGCUGUUCCCCAUUUGGCGAAUUGACAAGCCGAGGGCGGGGGUGCUACAACUCAUCCUUUCAGCGAAACCUACCUCGUGCUCGUCAUCUUGUCACCUGGUCGCGCGCUGAUGUGAACGCGCGUGUGUGUCAGACGACAGGCCGCGUGACAAGCCAGGGCCGACAAUGAGGGGCCUGAUGUGGGCGGCGCUCUUCAUGUUGUGUACCUGUCUGCUGGGCGUUACAGUAGAAGCCGCCAUCCUGAGACCAUACCGAGACAAAGCUAAGAUCAACACCACGAAGGAGACGACAGGUGAGGCGCCGCAUGCUAGAAACGCCUUCAGAGCGGCGCCCAAGCGCUGCUGCAAGAUCGGACACAAGGUGGCGCAGCGGCGCAUCUCCUGCAACAUCAAAGUUCUCGACGUGGUCCGCAAAUUCAGCGACCUCCAGCGGGCCAAGUUCAAGUAUAACAAAUCCAAAAACAUAAAGCCGUCACGAAUUUCAGCAAGACUGUCGGACAAAAUAGGAAAAUGCUCGGCGGCGUUUCCCAAGUACUUCGAGAAGUGCUGCGUGUACAAAGAGCAGUACCACAAAAACAUCAACAAAUGCAAAAAGAGACCCCGCCAGGAGCGCCGGCAGUGUCGCCAGUCUAUCCGCGAGCGGUACUCCUAGCUGAGGUACGCGGUACUCCUAGCUGAGGUACUAGGUACUCCUAGCUGAGGUACUCAGUACUCCUAGAUGAGGUACGCGAUACUCCUAGCUGAGGUACGUGGUACUGCUAGCUGUGGUACUCAGUACUCCUAGCUGAGGUACGCGGUACUGCUAGCUGAGGUACGCGGUGCUCCUAGCUGAGGUACUUAGUACUCCUAGCUGAGGUACGCGAUACUCCUAGCUGAGGUACUCAGUACUCCUAGCUGUGGUACGCGGUACUGCUAGCUGUGGUACUCAGUACUCCUAGCUGUGUACAAACACAAGAUGGUGGUCACACAGACUGGUGCGCAGAAGGAACUCUGCGCACGUGAGGUACAGUGAUGCCUGAUGGGUGAGAGGAGGUACCAUCGCGGCUGGUGGUGAAGCCAGCUCUCCAAUAGGACUUCCAUGGCGGCAGGUGAUUUUUGAAAACUUAUUUGGAUGAGAAGCGACACAGGCUGUGUUUAAUCAGUCUGUAUACCUUUGACAUUCUGGACAUGGACAAGCCGAUCAAUGCAAGACAACUCGGAGCUGCUAGGUGGCGCUGGCAUGUCGCCGACAUAGCUCAAUAUUCGUUUUCUUCUUUUUCUGCUGAGGUGGAAAGUUAAUUACAGAAGGCAAGCCAGUGGGUUGUUGUCCCUUGUUGACGCUGGCUUGCUUCCUGUGGUGAACACUUCAUGAUCCAGACAUGCCAGUGCUCUGCUGGCCUUGUUGACCGUUACAUGCUUUCGCUCUGUUGCAAGUUUAAACCGUUGUUGUAUUGUCUUUGAUGGGUGAAGCCUUGAGAUUAUAUGACAGACAUGUU